AUGGCCCUCCACCUUGGCCUCCCGCCCUCCGCCCUCUUCAGCUUUCCGCCUGACCCCCGCCCCGCCGUCCUCCCGCCCGCCGCCGAGCCUCUCUCAUGGCACCGCCCCUUCAACGUUCCGCCGGCACUCUACUCCCGCCUGCUGGAUGCUCGCGUCCCCCUCGCCAUCGCGGGCUCCUAUGCACUCGUCGUCUGUCUGUUGAACCGCCUCAACCGCAACAGCGGGUACCGGCCAUGGAGCAUCAGCAAGACACGUCCCUUUAAGGCGUUUGUCGUCCUGCACAACGUCUUUCUCGCCCUCUACUCUCUCUGGACCUUUCUGGGCAUGGUCCGCGCCUUUCGUCUCUCGUGGCCGGACCCGUCUGUUGCUUCUGCUUCUGCUUCUGCUGCCGGCAGCGUUGGUGGCAGUCAGCUGGCCGCGGUGACUUACCACCACGCCGGGGCCAUGAUGUGCAUGUGGGCUGGCAUCAGGUACAUGGCGUCGCCCAUCUGGAUCUUUGCCUUGUUCAACUCCUUGAUCCAUGCCAUGAUGUAUACAUACUACACGUUAACAGCGUUGAGAGUGCGCGUGCCGGUGAGGAUCAAGCGCUCCCUCACGACAAUGCAGAUCGUCCAGUUCGUGGUUGGCACCCUCCUCGCUGCUGCUCAUCUCUUCGUCUCCUACUCUGUCCCCGUCCCCGUGGCCCGCCCACUGGCCCUUCGCCCGCUCACCCAGUCCAUCCCCUCAGGCUCGGAGUCCGGAACAGGUAUUGGGCCCUGGUUGAAGAAGCUUGCCUUUAGGGCUGCCGGUGCGGACGGAGUGGCCUCCAACGUCCUCUCUGCCAACGGGACUCUCUUCGGCCGCGACGGUGCUGACGCUGCCCACGCUGUCGUCAACCACCGGGAGCUCAGGUACUCCCUCGAAUCCGCCACCGUCCCCUGCAUCAACACUUCCGGUCAGGCCUUUGCCAUCUGGCUCAACCUCGUCUACCUCCUCCCGCUCACCUUCCUCUUUGUCCGCUUCUUCGUGCGCUCCUAUCUCCGUCGCACCACCGACCAGCGUGGACACCACCACGUCUCGGAAAAAGCCGGCCUGGCCAUCAAGGACGUCACGCGCGAGAUCACCAACGCCGUCAUCGAGAUGCACGGAGAUGUCGUCUCCGAUCUCUCCUCGGGGACAUCCACCCCCCGUCCGGAAGCCGCGUACGAGGCUAACGUCCUUGACCUGCUCAACCGCAAGCAGCGUCAUGCCGAACAAUCCAUCUCAUCCAGCCGGCCACUUAAUACUUCUGCUGCUGCUCCUACCUCUACUACUGACGAGCAAAAGUACGAAGCUAGCGUGAAGGACGUCAUGUCUGCCAGGGAGAAGGAAAUCGACAGACACCCAGAACAGUCCACCGCUAUACACGUCGAGAACUCACCUACUCCCGUCCAUCGCAGGAAGAAAGCUCAUAGACGUCAUUAG